UGCUACAGAUUCAUUGAAGUUCUUUGCUAGUAACAAUAGGGAUCAUCAUCUUCCAUAUCACACUCUCAUUGUAAACCUGGAUGAAGGUACUGAGCCCCUUAUUGUAUGUUACCCAUUGACAUUAUUGGAAGUCACAAUUUGCUGCAACUUUGGCAAACAACGCUUUAGAAAAAAGUUUCCACAUACAACUGGGUUAUGGUAUAAUAUGUGUAAUGAAGCAAAAAAAAUUUUUAAUGAUCUGGAGGAGGGCACUGAUAACUAUUGUUUUAAGGAAAAAGAAAAUGGGACUGAAUUAACUAAUGAAUUUAUAUUUAAUAAUUGGAUAUCAGAUCAAGUUAAAGGAGGAAAGCUUGAAUUCAGCAUGGCACUGUUAAUCAAAGGUGAUAUUAAAAAACCAACCUCUAUUCCUGAUGAACUUAUCAAAAAAUUGCAUGAAGAGUUAUCAAGAAACUCUGCAAUUCUUGAUUUUGAUAUCUAUUCUGAGAAGUUUGAUUCAGUUAUUAUGGUCACAGAAGCAAAAAAAUUUGACCUUGACAAAGGGAUUGCUCAAAAUAUUGCAGAAAUGCAUAGUGCAACAGAAGUGAUAUCAAAGAAACGUCAUUUUGUUGAAGAUGAAAAUGAAAUUCCAGUACAAAUGUAUGGGGUAGUAUCCAAUGCAAUGAAUUGGGUCUUCCUGCAAUAUGCAGGAUCACCUGAGGACCCCUAUGUGCAUAGAA